AUGGCUAACCCUCCGCGCACUCUCCAAACACGCCUCACACACCUCCUAAGACACUGGCCGGCAGACCCCGUUCGCCCUGCCUCUGUCUCUGUGCAAGCCUAUUUGCAAGCUGCUCUAGGCCAAAAGCCUGAGGUCGAACCCAAAAAGUCCAAGUCCGAAGAUGCUCCACCAGCCAGACAACCUGUGAUCUCCAAUGCCUCUGCUAGCGCCCUUCAAGCUCUCCUCGAAAACCGGUUCGCUUCCUCCUAUCCAAUGGCAAAGAAUAUCCGUUACCCUGCGAGUGAUCCCGAUCAUUAUGACAACGUUGUACGCGAAUUUGAGGAAGCCCCGAACCGCGACUGGGUUGGCCGGAUACGCAAGCGCUUGGGUGGAUUGUUCCGCCUGACUUAA